AUGACAGGACGUAUACCAUAUAAAUGUAUUGCAGCCGAGAAUAAACUUGGAAAUAGUUCAACAAUAUAUUAUUUAUCUAUCCUAGGUAAGAUUCAGUAUUUGCAGAUACAAAAACUGUUUUUACAAUAUUUUACCUCUCGUAUAUUGUCUUCUGCAGUGGCUUCAAAAUGUUGAUUGUAAUGAAAGUGAAAGUGUAAUAACAUACAAGAGGAAGUGAAAGUGUAAUAUGUGUGAUUUUUAAACCAAUAUGCCGUUUGUCUAAUUUUUUCCAUUUCAAAGAUCGUAUUCCUCCUUAAACUGAGAUCCAAUGUAAUUGGGUAUCAAUUUAAGUGUCAAUGCUGUAACACAUUGUAUUUGGGCAAAACUUGCCGACAUUUACACACAUGAAUAUCUGAGCAUUGCGGAAUUUGAGCGGUAAACCUCUUUUCAUGUGUAAUCAAAGUAUUCAGAUCAUUAAAUAUAUUUAUUAAAUAUAUUUAUUUGUAAGUGAUUUUAAAAUUGUUACUUCAGCUAAUUCGAACCAGGAUAUUCUUAAAUAUUAAUUUAAAGAAAGCUUACUCUUCCUUUAACACUCUGAUAUUUAAGUGCUUCCUCUUGUUAAUUUACUAACAUCUUUUAAUAACAAUGACCCUUAUAAACCACUUGACAUUCCUUUUUAAUCUACAGGUACUGUAUAUCUUUCACUAAUCUCUUUAUCUUGUAUACACACAGCAACAUUAUAUCUUAGGGGCGGACCAUUAGAAAUCCCGGGAGGGGGGGUGAAAAUUAAAAAAAAAUUGUGCAGCCAUUACGUCAGAGAAAAAAAUUCGUGCAAGCAAACAGCAAAGUACAAAUAGUCUUGAAAAAAAAUUCGUGCAGAGGUUAAAUGCAUUAAAAAAAUUCCUGCAGAGACAUGAGACUGAAAAAAAAAUUUGUGCCGCAAAAAUUUUAUACCCUCCCCCCCCGGAUUUCUAAUGGUCCACCCCUUAGUUUCUAAUAUAUAAAAUAGAUGAAAUAGCUUAACUGUAUGUAUGAGUCCAUAGCGAGAAUUGAACCCGCGAUCUCAGAGGUGAUUGAAAGGAGCUUGCUCAGAUGACAACUGUGCCACUGAAGCCCCAUAUGACGAAAUGUUAUUCAAUAUUUUUAUAUACCAAAUGUUUUUUUAAUAUCACCCUUUUACAAAUUAUUUGUUGGGCAAUAAUAUUUUUAACUAGAAUUUGAUUUCCGCCUGGUGUUUCUAUUGCUGGUGUAAUAACAUGAUUUAAUUAUGUUUAGAUCAAUUAAUAAAUCCAACAACUGGUAUUAGCAGUCAAAAGUUUUCCACUACUGAGAAUUCUAGAUCAGAUAAGGAG